AGUUUCACAGGGAGGUAAUUUGUAAACUUCCGCUUUUACAGCGUGAGGCGAUCGUGAUAUACGUCGCAUAGAAUAUCAUUUAAAAGACACCGUUAUGAGUAUAAUACCUUGUAUUUCUUGGGUCCGACGAGGAAAAUCGAAGACUAAACCGGAAAAGCUACAAAUUGACAAAGAUGAUCUGAAAAGAAUAAUUGAUGAAACUCAAGAACGAUUAGAAGAGCAGGAGGAGGCCGAAGAGGAAGCUGAGGAAAAUGAAUCCACAGUUACGGCUGCAGCUGAACUGUCACAACAGGUGCCUGAAAAGGUAGAGCCAUCAACAGAGACUGAGAUAGCAGCGGACAUUGCUAGACAGGUGAAGCAGGGAAAGAAAAGGAAUAAGAAGGGCCAGGGGGAUGAGUUCGAGUCACGAUACAACAUGGAUGAUUAUGAUGAGGAUAAUGAUGACUUUUCCAAUCCGUUCAAGGGCAUAGGGAGUCUGGCCGUCUUUGCCAGUAAUGCUGAGGACCCUUUAGUGGAUGUAAAAGACGAGGGUGACAGUGAUGAAGAGGACUUUAUCAUCAAGGACACAGAUAACCUGAUACUGGUUGGGAGAGCAGACUCGGACUAUUGUUCCAUGGAAGUUCAUGUGUACAACUCUGAGCAGGAUCACUUCUACUGCCACCAUGACUUCCUGCUGUCUACGUUCCCCCUGGUCCUGGAAUGGAUGGACUAUGAUCUACGUGAUGGAUCCACAGGAAACUUUGUUGCCAUAGGAACCAUGGAUCCCACCAUAGACAUCUGGGACCUUGAUCUUAUAGAUAGCCUUGAACCUUUGGCGACCUUAGGGCAGAAACCCUCCAAAAAGAAGAAAAAGAAGCUAGAUAUACCCAGUCACACCGACGCUGUAUUGGACCUUUCAUGGAACCCCCUUGCAAGACACAUUCUCGCAAGCGCGUCUGCCGAUCACACUGUGGGAUUGUGGGACCUUACGGAGGGAAAGCUGGCCUUGAGCAUCAAGCAACACACUGAAAAGGUGCAGUGUGUGAGAUGGCACCCUGCGGAGGAACAUAUGCUGCUGUCAGGAUCAUUCGACAAGACAGUGAAAAUGUACGACUGUCGGUCCCCAGAGACAAGCAACAAGACGUGGAACCUUGGUGGAGAGAUUGAGAAACUGCUCUGGAAUAAAUUCUCGCCGCUUAACUACUUUGCCAGUACAGAUACCGGCCAUGUGUACUACAUGGAUUCCAGGCAGGAUAAGCCAGUGUACUGCAUUGCUGCACACACAGAAAGUGUUACAGGCCUCUGCCUCAGCUCGGAGAACAGUCGUAUGCUGGUGACAACAUCGUCCGAGGGCAGUAUGAAAGUGUGGGACAUCGACAACAACAAGCCGUCCUGUGUCUACAGCCAUCAUCUCAAAAUGGGCCAGCUACUCUGCCUGGAGAACUGUCCAGAUGCUCCGUAUGUGUUUGCAAUGGGAGCAGAGAAGAAGUUCAAGGUCUGGGACCUGAGAGACAUCAAAGAUGUUUUCAAGCAUUUCUGUGGGAGCGAAGCAGACUAUGUGCCCGACCCCCGGGCAGAGGAGGAAGAGGACCCUGAGGCUGCCAUGGAGAUACAGGAAAUGAUGGUCAACAUGGAUACGGAAACAACCCAGCAACCACCUGCUGCCAAUGGCGCUGAAGGAAAAACAAAAAAGAAGAAGAAGAAAAAGAAGAAGAAGUUCCCAAAUGUUUAGUGCUUUUUGUUUAUGUAUGGUUAAAGAGAGUGUUUUAUAAGUAUGUUUUAAAUGGUUGUUGCAGGUUUGGUGUAAGUAAUUGAAUAAAAUGUGCAAUUUUU